AUGACAUUUUUGAGUGUUCCGCUAAAAUUGUCUACUGAAGUUGACGUGAUAACACCACUAAAAAAGUUCAUAACUGGAAAGUUUGGGGAUGCUGUUGCUACGCAAUGUACCGAAUCCCUAAAAAAGCUCAGUGUGUUUCGCCACGAUGCCUGUUUUGGACAUAGUGAUGAUCUAGGCAGUCGAAUCCAGUCACUUGCAUUAUAUCAUAAUGUAUUAUGGAGUUUAGAAAAACGACUUAAUACGUCAGAAGAUCUAGGUAUCCAUUGGAGCUGGAGUGAUAUAUGGCACAAAAAUUAUUCAAAACACUACUCCUUUAACUUCGAACACGUGAAUAUAAUCUUUUGUUAUGCUGCAGCUCAUUCCAAUUUGGCCAAAACAUACGAUUUAAACUGUGAAAACUCGUUAAUGAAGGCUAUUUCAAGCUACAAGGUAGCAGCUGAGGCAUUCGAUUACCUUGCAUCACAUACGGAGCAAUCCUCUAAUGAUAUGACUCAAGAGGUACUGUCUGUAUUCAGCGAUGUUAUGAUUGCACAAGCGAAUGAAUGCAACUUUCUUCGACUUCGAAACGAUGAACCUGAAUAUCGACGUAUUGUCAACCAUAUCAAUAAAUUAUAUAAGAAGUGUUUGGAUUCAUUUUCCAUGAUUUCCAGUUGUCUUCAAGAUGAAGAUAUCAUUAAAUCUGUACCAGAGGACUGGUAUCGUGUUAUUAAAACUAAACAGAAUUAUUACAGCAUUUUGGCUAACACUUAUUUGGGCGAAGAGAAGCUAAGGCGUAAAAAGGACACCAAGGAAUCUAGCACACUCCUAGUCUCUAAAUUCACACGUAGUCUUUCAUCUCGUCGUUGGUCUGAAACGUUUCAAACUGUUAACGAGAGUGAAAUACUUGGUGAAUCUCAACCUGCUUCUGUCUUAGCAAACUAUAUUAUAACAAAAGAAAUGUUUCAAAUACCCUUACUUCCUUGUGAUUCAGGCGAUAUUUUUGACAUGUUGGUCCCGUUUCCCGUCCUUGAAGCUCUUAUUAUAGCAAAUGAUACUCGGACUGCAAUCAUCAAUUCAGAAUUUGCUAAAUUGAAAAAUGCUGAUACGGUUCUUGAAAGUGAAAUGAAUCAACACAAUUUUCCACGUUCAUUGGAACUCAGUGUAUUUCAACUGAUUUGUGAAGCAUUAUUAAAAGAAUCUGUCAAGGUUCAUCAAUCUGGUGGAGUAGAUAGUUUGAGACGUAAAGUUCAUUCACUGAAGCCAUUAGCUGGAGAACGAUUCAAAACUCUUGGAGAGAUAGAAGAAAUGCUGCGUAAGGAGGAAAGCAAUGAUAUUGCUUUCAGAACUGGUUAUACCAAUAUUUUGUCUCGUGAACCAUCAGAGAAACUGAAUUCAUGUUUUCGUGAAAAAGUCGACAAAAUACGCUUGUCUGUUCAACUGGUUUCUGAAAAAGAUUACGAUGUGAUAGCAUUAUUUAAACAACAUGAAAUGAAUUUUCAAACAUUGGACAUGUCUAACAAUGAACUUUUAGUAUAUAUUCAAUCAAAUUUUGAACCUAAAGAAAUUGAAGUAAUAGAAGAAAUUGAAAAUUUACGCAAAGAUUUAAUUCGUAUAUGGGAUGAGCUUAUUGUGAAUAAGCAUCAACGUGAUGAUGUAAUAAAAAUGUGGGAUUUAGUUUGUUUACCGCCAAAUUUUGUUCAUACUCUAACAAAAUGGUAUCGUACUCAAGGUGAAAUAAAUCAUAACGAAGUGACAUCUAAGACAUUUCGUGAUAAAGUUGAUGCUGCACGAAUAUGUGUCAAUCAAAAUUUGGACGAACAACGAAAUUUAUUAUCUCAACUACGAAUUAAAUGUGAACCGUAUUUUAAUCAAAUUCUCAAAUAUCGACAGCAUAGUGUGAUAGCGAAUUUACAAGAAGCUUGUAAAUUAUUUUUAAGUAUACGUAAAGAUGUUGAGAAAAGUUUACAUUGGCAUUCGGAAUUCGAAAAAAUUUGCAAUGAAGAACUGCAGUUGGUGAAUGAUUUCUGUUUGGCUCGUAGUGACGAAAUUAAUCAAAUUAUAUCAGAAAAUGAACAAUGGGAAUCUGUAACCCAUGAUUCAGUAUCAAAAGAUUGUGAGUUAAUUUCACUGACUCUAGAAAAAGCUCUUCAUGUGCUUUAAUAAUAUUCUACUUUUAAACACAGAAAGCUAGAGUUAUUCGUUGCUACUUAUAAUUCUACAGAUCUAUGAAGACUAGUUAGAAUCCCAUUCAAAAAAUAAUCUAAACGUAUAAAAGACAUUUGUUCUGAAUAUGAGGUAUCUAAAUGGAUGGGAAGAUGUACAACAUGGGACCAUCUAUAUUUACGUUACUUCAGUCACUCUAUUAUGAUCAAUCUUUAAUCAUAACAUUCACAGUUUCCAAAUAUUUAUCAUGUUUCAUGAACAGCUACUGAUUUUCGCACAAUCCCACCUGACAGUUGGUUUUUGUAGAGAUUGAUUUCGAUUUGUGUUUUUCAGUAUAACCUUACCAUAGCCGAAAUUGUAUUUUAUUGUAGAGAAUCAGUUAGUACACUUAGUAUGCCAUAUAUACCUUAGAUGACGUAUGAUCAUCAAUUAAUCGGUAUAUCUCCCUUAAUUACAAGUUGGCAAUCCAUACUGAAUUGGUGGUUUCAUCACUCGUGGAAAAUUCAGUAAAUCGGUAUGAAUAUUCUAUUUGGAAGUGAAUUCCAACCUCGUUUCCGUGGUGGAGUACGAACCAGUUUUUCCUCAUCUUAUUCUAUAUCUUUAUUACCAAUCAAAAGUGUAUGUACAUGGAUAUGUAUAUAUUUUUUCAUAUAUUUAUAGAAUACUUAUAUUUAAAAACUUGAAAG